AACAAUGUUGACGUGGCGGAGCUGAUCUGAGUACAGGAGGAGCUACUGGCUCGCAGGAGAAGAGGAGAAUGGCUUAGCUGAAACUCUCAGGCGGGUUCAGCUCGGGUUAUCGGGAAGAAAAUGACUGGAAGGAACCAGUAUAAUGGCUUCCAGUCUGCUACAGUGGUGCAGCCUGCAAUGGGAGGACACUCUUAUAUAUUUGGGAACAACUCGGAGACGGAGUGCUCGGAGGAAGAUGUGGAGAGCUACGAGCUUCGCUCCAGAGGCAGGGAGAGGCUUCGGAGGAGUACCUCGAGAGAGAGAAUGGAUGACAUUGUCUACGUGAUGAGGGACAUUAAGGAGGGCGACACAUUGAUUAGCAUUUCUCUUCAGUAUUUCUGCUCGGUUGCUGACAUAAAACGAGCCAACAAUCUCCUGACAGAGCAGGACUUCUUUGCCCUGAGAUCCAUAAAGAUCCCAGUGAGGAGGUUCAGCUCUUUCACUGAAACUCACAACACAGCUCCAUAUAAAAGCGACUCGCCCGGUGGCGUUCGCCGAGUCUUGGAAAUUCCGCUGCCUGAACCACCUACGGACCCCUCCCCCUCCUCUUCUUCCUCUACUGACAGCGUUGAGUGUUUUCUGCAGGAGAAGGACAAGGAUAUUGAACUUCUCGUCAAGUCCUCCAGUCCUUCCAGGAGCAGCCUUAGCGAGGUGGUUUCUUCUUUUAGCCCUCAGCAGCCAUUACUGGGAGAGUCAGAGAGGAGGCCCGUCCAGAGGAAGGACCCCUACUAUGGUGCAGACUGGGGCAUGAGGUGGUGGACUGCAGUGGCCAUCAUGCUCGUCGUUGGCAUCGUCACACCCGUGUUUUACCUGUUAUACUAUGAGGUGCUGAUGAAGUCGGAUGUUAGUCACCACGCUACCGCCGAGUCCAUUAGACCUGAGCCUACACAUGCUGCCUUUGGUGCUCCUCCUGCUAUGCCGCCGGCCAAGGCUGUUCCUCACCAGAAAUCUCAUAUGCAUCCAGUUGUUGAACUUGAGGGACCAGAUCUGGGGCAGAGACAGAAAACAUAAAACAUAGAAAUAUACAAAUUGGGAAUUUGGACCAGUUGACAUGGACCAACACAUUACUUUGGUGGCAUUUUUUUUUUUUUACUUCGACAGAACCACUUGAAGUAAUAUGUAUUGUACUUUUUUUUUUUUUUUUUUAAAGGAUGAGUUCAAUAUUGUUGAACCGGAUCUCUCUCUCUAUAUAAAAAUAUAGUUGCUAGAUAAGAUAAUAUAUAUAAAAAUGGGACAUUUCUGUUUUGAAGUGCACAUCAACAUUUUUAGAAGGGUUUCAGCAAAUUUGACUUUGUUCUAUAGACAACGUUUUCUGGCAUAACUCUCUGUUUUUGACACAUCUUUAGUAAAAAAGGUGGGCUGCACUUCCUGCAGCCUUGCUUUUACAUCAUAAGCCCUAUCCAGAUGGGAUUUGUUUCUCAGGGGGUCCUGGGGUAAAUUUAUUUCCGAAUUACCCAGUAAUUUUUGUGAGUUUCGUCACUUCGCGCUUAAUAAAAUAGCUACUUGUCCACUGCCAUGCACCGUAAUUACACUUUGGGUGCACGUUUCCAUUGAGAUACAUGUAAACACAAUAGUGAAGGAAAUGGAAGAGCUACUGAACGCGAUGUCAUAUGAACGAGAAAGCCAAAAAAUCUCACUAGUCCUCCUGUUUCUUCAGUUGCAGUCCGGAUGUAAGAGUUUUAUCACUGAGUAGAAGUGGGAAAUAUUUUUCACAGACAUGCCCCUGAGAAAAUAAUCCCAUUCGAAUAGGGUUUAAGAUUAUUAAAGACAUCAGUUAAUUUACUGAAAAAAUAAUCUUCAUAGGACAGUUCAACCAAGGACCUACUCUACCUCAGAUGCAGUCUAAGAUUUGGAAGAUAGCUAAGAUAACAUCAGGCUUUGCUAUUGCUAUUGGUAGAUACUAACACUGGCAGAGUUUUUUUUGCGGGGAUUAAACGGUUAUGACGCAUUUUUCAGGGGUGUCUGAUCUGAAGAUUUUUUUAUUCUAAACAACUAGUAGCACCCCUGAUUCCACCUUUUUUAAAUUUUACUGUAUCAGAUUAGAUCUGUAAAAUGACUGGAUUGGAUUAUACUCUGAGAAUACCUAAUCCAAAAAUACAUGACCGAUACCAUACACCAUUUUAAUUAACUAAGUUAAUUAAGUUAACAGUUAACUUGAUUAACUAUUCUUAAAAUGCAUAUAAAGCAACUUGAUACACAUUUCAUAUGAAUGUAGAUCUGAUCAGUCAGUGCUAAUUAACAAAUUAGGUCAAUUAAUUACUUGAAUGUUUCUCCAGACAGCUGUACAUGUGCAUAAAUCCAUAAUUCCUCUGUCGAGGCAUUCCUAGUGUGAUUGGUGUGGAAUUAUAAUAAUGACAGUGUGUUUGGUUCAAAACUGUUGAACUCGUCCUUUAAUAUGAGGGAUGAUUUAUAGACUCUGUGACACUAUUAUCAACCUCUCAUGCCAUAGCUGGACUGAUUGAAAUGAUGUGAACAGUGCCAUGUGUUUUUGAGCUUGGUACUGCUUUGGUGUGAAGUUUGAAGUAGAUAGAACUGGCUCAGCUCCCACAGGCGAUUGUCCUUAUUGCAUUUUGCACAGUUUUAUCCUCCCCCAUGUGAGCGGAUGUAUAGCUACGUAAUUAUUAAAUGUUUGCUGUAACAGUAAACAAAAAAAA